AUGGUGGAUGCUGAGACUCACUAUACUGAAGCAGAGAAGUUUGCUUUAGCCUUGGUUACUGCUGCUCAAAAAUUAAGGCCCUACUUCCAAGCCCAUACCAUAGUAGUUCUUACUGAUCAACCAUUGAAGAACAUACUUCAGAAGCCGGAUACAUCGGGAAGAUUGAUAAAGUGGUCUAUUGAGUUGAGUGAGUUUGACAUUCAGUACAAACCAAGACAGGCGAUUAAGGCUAAAGUCUUAGUAGAUUUUGUUGUUGAAUGUCUUCGACCAACCUUAGUAACACCGACCGAAGAGGACUACCCUAAGUGGAAUCUUUUCGUUGAUGGUUCUUCUAAUCAAGAGGGUAGCGGAGCUGGAGUACUCCUCUUCCGUCUGGGGGGCAUAUGUAUUGAACAUGCUCUUCAUCUUCACUGCAAAGCGUCAAAUAACGAAGCAAAAUAUGAAGUAGUACUAGCUGGAUUGAGAUUGGCUGUCGAACUUGAAGUCAAAAAUUUAAUGAUCAACAGUGACUCUCAGCUAGUGACUGAACAGAUGGAAGAAAAUGCAAAAGCAUAUGUUCUUGCUCGAUUAGCUUCAGCCUGUUCAGCCAAAGGGCCUAUUUCAGUCAGAAUUGAAGUACUUCCUCAAUCAAGAAAACUUUCGAAAGAUAGGAAUGAAGCGAAGAGUCUCAGGAAAAGGGCAGCAAGAUAUACUUUGAUCGAUGGAGAGUUAUACCGAAGGUUCUUCACACUUCCAUACUUACGAUGUUUGGCACCUAGAGAAGCUGAUUAUACCCUAAGGGAAGUGCAUGAAGGAAUUUGUGGAAGUCACAUAGGAAGAAGAACAUUGAGUUAUCAGGUGCUACGUUGUGGAUACUACUCGCCUAUGAUGGUAUCAGAUGCCAAAAAACUUGUUCAAAAAUGUGAUAAGUGUCAAAGGCAUUCCAACGUACCUCACAUUCCUCCUAGUCAGAUGGUGCCCAUUCAGAGUUCUUGUCCAUUUGCUCAGUGGGGUACAGAUCUUCUUGGUCCAUUCCUUUCAGCAUCGGGUCAAAGGGCAUAUUUGAUAGUAGCCAUGGACUAUUUCACUAAGUGGGUAGAAGUGGAGCCACUAGAAACUAUCUCUGAGAAUAAAGUAAUAGAUUUUAUCUGGAGAACCAUUGUAUGUAGAUAUGGGAUACCAAGGGCCCUUAUUGUUGAUAACGGUAGACACCCAUAA